GUGGAAAGUAUGUAUUUUUUAAAGCCCUGUCCCACUGUGUGGUGUCGCAAGUGUAGCAAAGUGACAGUGUGUUAUAUAUGAAGGUUGCUCACCAAAUGAGAAUUGUGUGGGAAAUGAGCAGGGCACAUGGGAUGGGAAGUGGUUGGGUUUGGGUAGCCACUCCCUCCUGACCGGCCUCUCCCCCUUGACCAUUGUAGAUACGGUGUUCUCUCGAGUGGAGGAGGAGCACCUCUGGGAGUGUAAGCAACUGGGGGUCUACUCGCCCUUUGUCCUCCUCAACACCCUCAUGUUCUUCAACACUAAGUUUUUUGGGCUGCAGACAGCUGAGGAACACAUGCAACUCUCCUUCACCAAUGUGGUGCGGCAGUCCCGCAAGUGUACCACCCCUCGGGGCACCACCAAGGUGGUGAGCAUCCGCUACUAUGCCCCAGUCCGCCAGAGGAAAGGGCGAGACACGGGUCCUGGAAAACGGAAGAGAGAAGAUGAAGCCCCUAUCUUAGAGCAACGUGAGAACCGCAUGAAUCCCCUCCGCUGCCCUGUCAAGUUCUAUGAAUUCUAUCUCUCAAAAUGUCCUGAAAGCCUCCGGACUCGCAACGAUGUGUUCUACCUGCAACCGGAAAGGUCCUGCAUCGCCGAGUCACCUCUCUGGUAUUCUGUGAUCCCCAUGGACCGCAGCAUGUUGGAGAGCAUGCUCAAUCGCAUCCUGGCUGUGCGUGAGAUUUAUGAGGAACUGGGUCGUCCUGGGGAGGAAGACCUGGACUGAGCUCGUGUGCCAUCCAUAUCCAUCUUUCACAUCAAUGUCUGUCCUGUGGUCAUGUCCCUCAGGGUGACAGGCCCAGGAACCAAUGCUACUCAUUCUGAAGGGCCCUGACUGCUCCUUUCCGCUCACCCAUUCCCUGCCUUCUCUAGGAACCCUGGCUUUUAUCUUCUUCCAUUAACUUGACAACCAUGGGGCCCCGCUCUUCUGUACUCAGGGGCUGGUCUCCCAGGGAUGGGCAAAAGCCAGCUUGCCCGUUUUCUUUAUGCUUCAGAGUAAACCCCUCCUUCUGGGUCCAGACUCUGGGUGGAGUGUUAAUAGCUCUGGUGAUCCUGUUGGCUUUGGGUUUCCUGACCCAUCCCGCAUAGGUAAAGCCUCUUGUUCCCGGGCGUGACCUAGGGAAAAACCCAGCUGCCUUCUCUGCCCCGUGCCCACUCCCUUCUCUACUCUUCCCCAGCACCACGCAAAGUGAAAUAAACAAUGAAAGUGAUGAGGGGACCAUUUACAUAAAACACA